CCCGUCUCCCAGUGCUGUCGUCCAUAAAGUAUCCACUUUUUAGUAAAAAGUACUCCACUUUCCAACCACGAGUCAACCCGACUCAUUUUAUCCUAUGGUCAAAUAAUAAACACGUUAUUCAAACUCAUUCAUAACCGAGUUGAUCACAAAAGUGAAGUCAGAGACGGCGACAGUGAGAAGAACUGAACAGAAAUUACAGAACUUCAGAAAUGGCAUCCAUGGUUUCAUCCUCCCCAUUAAAAUCCAGCAAUAAAAAUUAUACCUACACUCAUUUCUACAACAACAACCCAAGUUCCAACAAAGGGUCUUCACGAAUUUCCUACAUCAUCUUUUCUAAUCAAGAAAUCAAUGAAGAACCAAACAAGCAAUUGGGUCGUAGAGAAAUUAUAUUGAGGACAAGUGAGAUUGCUGUACUUGGAGCAAUCUUCCAUUUCGGUGGUAAAAAGCCUAACUAUUUGGGUGUACAGAAUAAUCCACAUGCAUUAGCACUUUGUCCAGCUACUAAUAAUUGUAUUUCUACUUCUGAAGAUGUUACUGAUCUUACUCAUUAUGCACCACCAUGGAGUUAUAAUCCUGAAAAUGGAAGAGGGAGGAAAAAACCUGUCAGUAGAGAAGAGGCGAUGAACGAGCUCAUCCUAGUGAUAAAGUCGAAGAAACCAGAUAAUUUCACACCACGGAUCGUGGAGAAGAAAGAUGAUUAUAUACGCGUAGAGUAUGAGAGCCCAAUCAUGGGGUUUGUUGAUGAUGUGGAGUUUUGGUUCCCGCCUGGCAAGAACUCAACGGUUGAAUAUCGAUCUGCUUCUCGGUUCGGAAACUUUGAUUUCGAAGUUAACAAGAAAAGAAUCAAGGCACUUAGGGUGGAAUUGGAGAAGAAAGGAUGGGCAUCUGUGGGAACCUUCUAAGAAACUAUACUUCCAAGGGCAGCAGUGAAAAUUACAGUUCACAGGGACACAUGGUCUUCUCUACAACAUCGUUUCUAGGUUGAGAAGUGAGUUUGGACAAAACUCCUUUGGCUACCCGCUAUCAGUUGUGUAUUCACGUACCAAAAAUUAUUCAAUAAAAAUAAAAACAGUUAUUUAUUUGUUUUGGUA